GUGAUACCGAAAAUAAUGGUGCUCUAUCUUAUCAUUGGCACUCGGGGAACAGUGGCAGUGAAGCAGUGUUUUCGUUGCCGCGUGUAUCUCGCGUUGUAUCUCUUACAUUUUCGUCGCCGUGACGCUCGUGCAUUGACUACGUACAGUGCUGUAAACAGUGCAAGGACUGAGCAUACCUGGGAGCGUUUGAGAAGCACGUCCCCCGAGACCCCUCCAGCCAAAAUCACUCGCCUAACCUCUCCCCUGUCCUCCUUAUCCUCCUCCACACCCUUUCCCUCCGCAAAUCUCGAGAAGAAAAUCCCUCAUCGCAAUCACAGAAUCCGUGUCUUCGUUAUGGACGGUAUGGAUUCGAAGCCAGCCUUGAACGAUGACCCUUCGGUCACCCUGACCAUCCGCCUGAUCAUGCAGGGCAAGGAGGUCGGGAGCAUCAUCGGGAAGAAAGGAGAGAUCGUCAAGAGGUUCCGCGAAGAGUCUGGCGCAAAGAUCAACAUCUCCGACGGAUCUUGUCCGGAGCGAAUAGUGACCGUGACAGGGCCGACGAAUUCGAUCUUCAAAGCAUUCACGUUGAUCUGCAAGAAGUUCGAGGAAUGGUGCUCGCAGUUCCACGACAUCCAAGGUGGCGUAGGCGUGCCAAGGCCGCCAAUCACGCUCAGGCUCAUCGUGCCCGCGUCCCAGUGCGGCUCCCUCAUCGGCAAAGGGGGCUCGAAGAUCAAGGAGAUCCGCGAGGUGACGGGCGCGUCGAUCCAAGUCGCCUCAGAGAUGCUUCCUAAUUCGACGGAACGGGCGGUGACCAUAUCUGGCACCAGCGAGGCCAUCACGCAGUGCAUAUAUCACAUCUGCUGUGUUAUGCUAGAGUCCCCUCCCAAAGGUGCCACGAUCCCUUAUCGCCCCAAACCCCAAGUUGGUGGGCCAGUGAUCCUGGCUGGUGGGCAAGCCUACACCAUCCAGGGUAAUUACGCGGUGCCCGCCCACUCCGAUGUAAGUACAGUAUUGCCAUUGCCCGCGCCCGCUGCCGGGCACACCCCGCCCUCGCUGAACACCCAAACUUUGACGACUUCGCCCUUCGCGGCCCACCCCUCCUCGGCCUUCGCCGCUUCUCACGGGCAUCCGCUCCUAUCCACGGCCCACCUUACGACCCCACAUCAUCCCCUCCACCCGAGCCCCUUACACGCCAGCGUGGCAGGCCUCGCCGACCCCCUGCUGAAGAGUGGACACUUGCAGGCAGCCCUCCCGCCCGCACACCUCGUGGCAGACGCCAUGGGCAAACUUGGUAGCAAUCCCCUGGCUGGACUCGCGGCUCUGGGCCUAGGAGGCCUCGCCACACCUGCCAACACCGGCGGACUUAAUCCAGCAGCCCUGGCAGCGCUUGCCGGCAGCCAGCUGCGCACCAGCAAUACAAACAGGCAACAACCAGCGGCGAACAAUCAAACACACGAGAUGACGGUGCCAAACGAGCUGAUCGGUUGCAUCAUCGGGAAGGGCGGCACCAAGAUCGCCGAGAUUCGUCAGAUCUCCGGCGCCAUGAUCAGAAUCAGUAACUGCGAGGAGAGGGAGGGCGGAGCCACGGAUCGUACGAUCACAAUAACAGGAAAUCCUGACGCCGUUGCAUUGGCACAAUAUCUCAUCAACAUGAGGAUAUCGCAGGAAGCACCUGGAAUCCCGAUACCCCCGUACCACUUCAUCCCGCCGGACCACAUCGUUAAGUCGCCGAUCCACUAAAAGUGGUGACACACACGUAUGUCGUUGUCGUCGUCGAAAGGACGCGGGGCGUCGCGACGCACGCGAGGCUGUCAAUGGCAUCUGGGCUGGGCUGGGCCACGCAAUGUGUUCAACCAGCUUGCUAAUCGACACACUUGCAAAACGAACAGCAACAGAUACGAACACACCGACAACAGCAACAAGAACAUCAACAGUGGGAGAGGGAGACAUUGACACACACACACACACACACACAGAUCCAUACACGUUACACUGGAAAGAUGUCGGUACGCAGAUUCGAAUGUCUGCGUAGGGAAUGGUACCGUACGACACACGAACACUUACAUACAUUUACACUUGACACGUACACCCACACGUACAUACAAUUAGGAUAUUGAAACUUGUGCGCGCGCUCUCGAUAAAAGGAGAAAAAGAAUAAGAAAAACAAUGAGAGGUGUACAUACGAGGCAAACGCAGGAAGAAGGGAUUUAACACGAGCACACGCGCUUAACACGCGAGUUGAGACGAAGAAGGCACGCACGCGCGUACACGGACAUAUACUCGAGUGUACAAAACUUGUACAAAAGAUAUUUAAACAAACAAACAAACAAACAAACAAAAAAAAAAAAAAACGAUGCACGCCGCAGCCCGGCCGGGGUUGCUGCCGAUUGGUAAAGGGAACAAGCCAAAGAUACGUUAGUUUUCAUUUUUAUAUUUAAACGAGAAAAACAAAAUGAUACGAGACGGGAGAGAAAUACGAGAGAAUUAUUAUAACGAUUAUUAAUCAUGAAUGUGUGAACAAGGACGCUGAAUACUAUAUUAGGCCGGUUCUUAGCUUUUUUCUAUCGAUGGUGUUCCGUCGCCGCGCUGGACCAUGCCGCCGUGCUUGGUCCCUCGGCGCUUCGGAGUCGGGACAGUUGCGUUGAAGCUUGAAUUUUUAUCUUUUCUCUUCGCUGAAUGCAGUGAAAUUCCAAUGGUGUUUAAUUCUUUGCUCUCCACCUUUCGUAGAACGAGAUGGCGCCCGGGGGACCCUUCGGAGAGCUUCCUCUGGCGGGAGGGAACGCCGAUUCCCCUGUCGAGGAACAUGGUCGCGCGUGCGCAUCCGCGGAACACCGAGGAGUGACAAUUGACCGCGCGCGGUAAUUACGUAGUUCCGUAGAAUUUUUGCAUGCGAGGCUCGAUUUCCAAAUUUCACGGCAAAAAGAAAGAGGUUUUCUUUUCUGGAAGCGAGCCGCGGCUGGACGAUGGCCUUCCAAUGGCCGCGGUGCGUUUAACGCGCGUGUUACGCCGUCGCCCUCGACGAGCCUGUCGCGAAACGAUCUCGUCGAGUCGCCGAUGAACGCGCUCUUCUGUCGAAGGAACAAAGCAAAUUAUUAUGUGGAAUAUAAAUAACGAUAUAUAUAUUACAUAUACGUAAUAUAUGUAUAUAUAUAUUUAUUAUACGAUUAAAGAAACCAAUGAAAAAAAAAAAAAAAUAUAACGAAACAGUUAGAGGAGACAAAUCGCGAUGAAAAAGGUGCAAGCUCGAUGCGCCCAGCUUCGAUCUGGUGGCGUUCUUCUUCAUCCUCUACUUCAUCUUCAUCCUCCUCCGUUCUUCUUCUGCUACCAACCAUCCGUGCUUCCUCUCGCGAGGGGGCGCGAUCGACUCGUAGCUGAAGGACGUAUGGUUUGCUUCGACGACACUGAGCUAAUCGGACAUUUUUCGGUGUAUUCGUUGCAGGGUAAAUUCAGUGUCUUCUUAGUGAUCGCGAGCUUAACUCUGGCUCGAGAGAGACGAUCUUGGAUUUUUCGAUUAUCGCAUUGCUGUUGUAGCGCGGCGAUAAUGCGCGUCGUUUACGUUCAGGUUCGGUUCAGAGCGGAGCUGAACAGCCACGAAAAAUACGCUAACUACCGCGCCGAGACUUUCGUGGCGCUCGGUUCUCGCUCGAAGACUGUUUUUAGGCGCUAGUUCGAGAAAAAUGUAAUUCGGCGACGUCACGCAUGACUGUAUUUCGCCAACGGUAUUCCGCGUCGUACCGCUUCCAAUCCGUGUGCCAAAGAUACGCGAAAUUCUGAUGGAAAACAAAGUAUCGCGUUCGAAGUAGCGUUCGCGAGCUUUCCGUGCUUCCUGUCGUACAUCUCUCGAAGUUCCUCGUCCUGGACGAUCCGUGUUGUCCUUUUUCUUGUCGAAAUUUCUAUGUUUUGUCGCGUCUCGUUAUCUUCUUCGUUUCCUUUCUUAUCUUCUAACAUUAGCGAAAAGGCCACCUCGCGUUAUCGUUGCUUUUCAUUUCUUUGUUUGUAUUUGUUCGAAUAGACGAAGCGUGCAAUACGUCACGUUUGAUAUUUUUUUUUUUUUUUUUUUUUUUUUUAAUCUCAAUCUCGUAGCACUACUGUGAUCGACGCUUCGUCUCGUUAAGUUCGCUCAAAAUUUAUCGCAAUCUUCUAUGCGAUUCGAUUUCUGUAAAUAUAUAUAUAUAUAUAUAUAUAUAUCGUUUCUCGUUGUACAUAUUUAUUGAUUCCUCUCGGAUCCUUUCGUUCACUGUUCUCGGGUGAUCGUCUCAUUGUCGAUCAGCGAACAAUUUUUUAGAGAUAUUUAUCGCGCGUCUGAGAUCAUCGUGCAACUUCAAAUUAUUGUCAUGUUAUUCUUUAUUACUAUUAUUAUUAAUUUUUUUUUCAUUUUUGCUUCGUCGUUUGCGCGGAUGAACUUUUAAUCGAAACGAAUAGCCGAUGCCUGUUUCGCGAGUAAACAACAAAUUAAUCAUGGUAUAUAUUUAUAUACGUAGAAACGCUGCGUUUCUAUUCCUAUAUAUAUACGUAUAUUAUCUAGUGUGUUUUUUUUUUUACGAAUUUGUUAGAUAACACUGAGCGAAAUAGAGACAGAGAUUCGUUUUUUCAUAUGCAUAUAUAUUAUCUAUAUAUAUAUAUGUAUAUACAUACGCUAAGUUAAGCAUUAACUUAUUUUUACUGUUAUUAUUUAUAAUAAUUUUUAAUGAUUGCGACGAUGAAAAAUUGUAUGCAAUUGGCGUGUUUAUUCGACGAAACAUUUUGUCUCUUUUUUCACCUAUCCAAGAGCCACGGCCAACCAAACAAAACAAAAAAAUGAUACAAAAGGAAAAAAGACUCAAAAAAAAAAAAAAACUACCACCAGUACACUGUCCGCCACCGUCAUCCCCCUCCAGGAUCUUCACGUUGUCCUCUUCGUCUUCGUCAUCAACCAUCGUCUCUUCGCCCUUUCGUCGUCCCGUUCUUCAUUCGCAGAUCCCCUUGUCCACCCCCAACCAUCCAACCUAACACGCUAUUCUUCGUAUAUCGUCGAAAUGAACGACGUAUCGUGAAGUACACGCGAAAGAAAAGGAAAAAAAAAACAGAAAAGAGAGAGAAAAAAAUAAGUGGAACGUAGACGGUGCGACGGUCACCGAACGACAAACGACGGCAUCGUUCUUCGAGCGAGAAAAAAAACAAACGGUUAUCCAACAUAAUUAUAGCCUCUGUCUAUGAAAAUGAGAGAAAGAGAAAAAAACAAAAAAGAGACACACACUCACACACGUAAGUUAUAUCGAAAUAAUUAGUGAGAGACGCUGUAUGAUUGUGUAUAUCAACAAUAAAUAAUUGCUGUGAUUAGAAUCGAUUAUUAGUAAGUAGUUAAGGACAAUUUUUAAGGCGCAUCGCAUGAGAUAAAAGAAGGGGGGGAAAAAGGAGAGAAAUGGAGCACUUGGUGUUCGCGCAUCGCGUGUGCGCGUCCGUGUGUAUGUGUGUGUUUGCGCGCGUGUGCGAUGAGAGACUGUGAAAGAAAUGGAAAAAAAAAGGGGUGGAAACGAGAGACGAACAGAAUAGGAGAGAGAGAGAGAGACACCUGGCGUGCCAGAGAAGAAAACUGCGAAGAGAGAGAAAAGAAUGAAUAAUAGAAGCGAACGCGUUUCAUAGGGGUGACUUAAGAGGCUUUCCGUUUUUAUUUUCCCCCAAAAUGGCGAAUCAAGUACGUGCGCGCGUGCGUGUAAUCCUCCUCGAUCGUCGAGAGGCAUUACGCGAGUCUGAAUAUAGCUAUCCUUGCAUUAGGACAGUGUAGAUCCAUGGGAGAACGCUUCCUUUAAGGAGGAAUCAAUCGGGAGGCGAUUGCCGCGCGCGUUUACGUAGACAAACAUAAACACACACACACACACACACAUACACCAGCAUAGUGCUCUCCUCGAUCGAGUCACUCUGCCUUGGAUCAGAAGUUUCGCUUAAUUGAUCUGGACCAGAAUUUAAUGUCCUUUUAACCCUUUGCGAUACAGAUUUUCUGAUUUUAGCAAAGUUCUGUCGAGUCUCGCUCGACACAGAAAUGCAAAAGGUUAAUCUAUCGCAACCCUUUCGGUACCGUGACCGCUUACAAACGCUCAGCGACCAUCUGUGGGCGUCCAUCCGGAACGGUAGCACCGAAAGGGUUAACGGCGAGUCGACAGAGGAGAGCGCACCGUCCACCCUCGAGAGUGGACGGAUCGAGAACAACCCUGCGUUUCCAAAGCCCCCUGGUAACUUUGAUUUUAUUCCACGGCGAAGAACGGUGGUCGGUGCGAGCAUUUUUCAUUUCUUCUCGUCUGUUGUCGCGGGUGUCUAUAUCCAUCGAGUGCAUCGCCACUGUCCACCGAGCUUCGACCAAACCAAAUCCAAUCGAACCCAAGGCCCUCGAUGGUUUCCCCGUAAUUCGUCCCCACCCCCUCGACCCGAUUAUCGUUUCCAUCCUCCUCCCAACCACUGAAUUUCCUCUCUCGUCGCGCGACCAGAAACCAUCGUCGCGCCUGAUAUACUCCAGAAGCAUAUCCGGUGACACAUAUGACUAGGCUACGAAUAAUUAACCUCUCUUUUGCUCCGAUAAGCAAGCUCAUAUUUAUUCGGCGUGUAUUGUCACUCUCAAAUAGAUGAUUAAUUGUAUACUUCGUCGGGACAUCUCUAACUCGUAGAUACCUUCGAUCAGUCGAGUCUUGGUAGUGUCUAGUAGCCACUAAGGCGUCGUCUGUCAAGUGUAAUUUUGGUAUUAACGGUGAAGGGAGCCGCGUCAGAGGGUUCGGCUGACGAAAGGGGACGUCUCGCGGGUACGCGCCACGUGAACUUCGUGGGAUUACUCGAAUUACAAUGUGGAAGAACAGUGUUUCAAGAACAAGCGACGUAUGUGAGCGAAAGUGGGAGAGGAGACGUCAAGGGACACUUGGAGCAACUUGGACUUCGGGAAUAUCAAGGUUCCUCCAGCUGUGCAAUGUCAUCCGGGAGUCGAAAAGGAUCUCGACUCGUCCAGGUCUCUAACGAACCUACAACUUUGUAACUAGGCCGAGUUUUGAAAGAACUUAAGACUUUGUAUACAUCCUGUUGCAGUAAGGGGCAUUUGAUCACCUGGACCUUUGCUCGAUGGUACACACGGUACAAGUCCAUCCACCCAAAAGGACCUCCGGAGCUCCAUGUCGACUACAUGCUCGUACCAUGUCAUCCAAGCUUGAAACAAUCUGCAGGCUUGCGUGCUAAUAUACAAUUGAUGCGGAUCUAAGAUUUGAAGAGAUCACCAAGUUUUCUAAAACUUUAUUUGCUGAUAUAACAUCAUUAAUUGAAUUUGAGAGGACCCGAAGCUUCGAGUACCGAGUACUAGAGUCUUAUCCAAGAUUCUUGAAGACCUCCCGAGUUGUUUCUUGAGUACAUCAGACUCGAGUACGCAGCCCCUCGCCACCUUCUUCAUAUACACAACAUGUACGAGCAGCUCGAUUCGAGAAAGAAUGGUAUCCGUGCGUCGAACAUUUUUGGCUUUCCCGUAGCCAACGAAACUGGGGGUUCCCUACAGGAAGUCCAACUAGGAAACGUCGAUCUGAUCGUUCCCAUCCCUCCCCCUUUCGUCUUGUCACUUGCCCUCGAACGAAAUUUAUUGAGAAACGAGGACGUUGCGCGCGUCAACGUCGAUAGCAACGCGAUCGUAUCGUUGUGGCGUAGAGCAAUCUGUUAGUGCAGGGGCCUUAUCCUUACUGCGCGGGUCCUGGCGGGGAUUCGUCGCGAAAGCAAUCGCCAAUUUCUAGACCACGAUAGAGAACAAGACGAUAAAGAAGAAACGUUGCCAAUACGGGAAUAAGAAGAUUGGAACGAAGUAGCGAUACGUACUGUUCAGAGCAAUUGGGGAUCGUGUAUUAUUUGUACAGAACCAAGAAGACAUUGCAAUCCUGAAUUACAGUAAUGUAUCAUUCACAGAGCACGAAGAUUUUCAUUUCAAGAAGUAAUAAUCCAUAUGUGAGUGGGAGCAUUCCAGAUCCAAAGAAUCCGCCUCCGUAGCAGAGAGUUGAUCAGCCAACGUUCUUGGGCAUGCUCGAAUCAAUCGAAGAAGCUGAAGAUCCUCCGCUUGUUUCGAACAGUACACGUAGGAAUUAAUCAGUAUUAAUAUCAGCACCGGAUCAGCUCGAUUUACGUUCGAGGAGCAUAGUCCAGCGAAGAAAUGUAAAGUACACGAAGCGACCAGACGGUUCUAGUGUCCCAGAAUGGCGGCCAAGUUGUCGAUGGACGCAUCCUCGAACGAUGAAACCCCCGUUCGUGACGGAUCGUCGUCAGGUGCCCAACCUUACCGUAACGCAAGGCAAUCAGCUAAGAAAUAACUUAGUUUUUAUAGGAUAUUGAAACACGCGCUCUACUUUGGCGGGGCGUUGAAUUAAGGGCAACACCUUUCUAUCUCUCGUCUGAAGGGCGCGUGGAACAAAAGGGUCGAGCGCGAUCGGGCGUUUGGCCAAGAUUCUCAAUGGCAUAUUUUUCUGUAACGAUUGAGAGCGAGAGAGAAAGAGAGAAAUGGAAGAAAUAACGUUGUAUUUAUAAAAAAAACAAAACAAAAAAACAAACAAACGAUAAUAAUGCGAAGGACUAAAGAGAACUUCGAGUAAGCGAGACACGCAAGAUGCUGGAUGGCAGAGAUGCAUGGAUGCGCGCGAGAAUUUCAUUGUUUUCCUCUUUAUGUGUGCCAAAAAAAUACAAACGAAAAAAUAACAAAAAAAAAAAAAGAGAGAGUACGAGAAGAAAAAUUUGAGGAUCGUGGAGAUUGUUCAGCGAGCGGCUCAACCUUGUGCCAAGCUUAGAUAAUACGCGGACUGAAUAAUAAACACGUGUGCCAAAUCGUCGUUACACCUCCACCGCUGCAGCUGUUUCGAGUAUAGGUAGGCUCUGUUCUGUCGUUUCUCCCUCGUUGCCGUGCCCUGCUUGCCAGCCUUCGGUCCACGCGCUUUGUUCACCUGUGGAACGAUAACCGCAGGCUUGGUCCGAGCAGUGACGAGAAGCCGGCAACGAGCGACGGAAGGAAACGUUGGCCAGCAUCGUUCGCGAAAUGUCCGCUUUCUGGGUCGGAGCAGAGACACUCGACACCGUCGAAUCCUCGCGGAGACGAGGGCGAGUCCAACAACUCCACGCAAAUGGCUCGAAAAAAAACCCGUAACAGGGUCAAGCGGUCUCGCGGAUUGCCAGAGGAUCCUCGAUUAGGUACCUCGAGUUUUCUCCGCUUUGUUGCCAAGUUUCCAAGCUCGUAUCACCAGGAGAGUCGGACAUAUGUGCCAAAUCGACGUCGCUCGCGAGUUCGAGCGUUAGGAGAGAUGAAUAAAUGGAGAAGUGGAAGUUACGUUUGACCCGAUGGCUGAAGUGUCGGAGGCGACUCUGUAAGUGGACGUUUCGGACGCAGGCUCGACGACGAAGUGGAAUUUCGUUUUCUACGGCAGUUCGGAUCCUACCCGAAUUAGUGACGUGCCCUUGUCGGGCGCAAGAGACAGGGAUUAUGUAAAAAUACGAAAGUCUGACCUUGCGAAUAUUGGGAACUCCAGUCAUCCACUCGAAAUGUCGUCUCGCGUUAUCCAGCGACGAUAACGGGGUAGCGCGCUUUUCCGUUUACGAGAACCGAGCUAAACGUAUCUCCUCCCGUCGAUGUGAAUCCCCGAUCCCUCCCUUCUGUCUUCCCUUUCGUUCUUCUCUUACGUCUUCUUCGGUAGCUGCACAACUGUUCGCGAUCGACGCAGAAGCUGGGCGAAUGCGUUUCGACGAUCCGCGAUAGGCUGGGAGAAAGAUCAGGAAUGGAUAAGUUGUGAUCGCAGGUGCUCGUCGUACGAUGUUGCAUAUCAAGCUUUGUGAACGCUGUAAUCAGACCAUGGGCAACUCCUCUAUUUACCUCGAGACGAAAGAUGCAGGAUAUCAGCCUAGGAAACAGCGAAAGUAGCUGAUAAAGAAGCGAAGUGCCAGGAAGAAAGGCAAACAAAUUAGGAUGGAUGUAGAAAGAGAAACCAAGACUGCAUCAGUAUGGCUGACACUUCUUGCAAGUCUAAAGUAAAAGUGUUUUAGGUGACGUUGAACAACCGACCGAGUCCGAGCCGACUACAAGCGUUCACUGGAGCGUCGCAAAUGUCGCACAAGAUCGGAAGAGUACGGCGAUCACGGUAAAUGUUGACAGAAUUGUUCCCCACGAGUAUUUUAUACGAUUUACGAGUAUUACUAUAAUUAACCUCCUCUUUAAAUUGAUCGUAGGCGAUGGCUAUUAGAGACUCAAGACCUUGAGACUUCCGUGAAUAAUUUCUGGACACUUAAAUGUAUCUUUCAUUGAUCUGGUCAAAUUGUUGGAGGCUUCCGAUAACGACAUAUCGCAUUCAGGUGUCCGUGGACACAACGUACCACGCGGAGGAUUCUUACAGUUUCGACUGUCGUGUAAUAUCAAGAGGAAACAAUGAAAGAAUAGUUUGGGUAGCAGCGCAUUUAAAAUUGAGUUACUCGAGACUUAGUAUCGCGGAUCGUUUCGCAUCGCCAUGUAAUUUUCUUCGUUGGUCCUUUGCAGCGAUCGGUUCGUCGUUGGAAUCACCGUAGCUGCGCGCGGAGGACGAAGCACGUGACACGAGAGACCAUGUUCCCCUCCCACGUUUUCCUUUGCUCCAAUCUGCACCAAAAACCGAUCCGAUCACGGCUAUAUGUGCGUAUACUUCGACCGUUCCUUCUCUUCUUCGUCAUCGACACGUCUUUCCUUUUUAUCUUCCUCGGCCGAUAACGACUUAUGUUGAAAAGCCUUUACGAAAACAGGGUCAAAAAUACUUACGUGUAAUACGAGUAUUUUAAAUUUUUAUCGCGGUUAAAAUGAGGUAAAAGAAAAAAAAAAUGUGAAGAAUAAAUAGUAAAUAGGCGAGAGAACAAAGUGGAGAAACAAAGCAAGCGUAGUGUGCAAUGUAACAAUGAACAAAAUAACUUAAUGAAAUAAAGGAAAAAAGCGAAUAAAAAAUUUUUACAAAAAAAAAUAAUGAGAGAGUGAGAGAGAUGUAAUUGUAUGAGGGAAAAAAUGCAUUAGAGAAACGUCGCGACUGCAUCUUUCAAUGCGUUUCGUCGGGUAUGAGAGAGCGAAACGUCGCUUUUUAUAACGUUGCUGCGAAAAAAGAAUAUAUACAUAUAUAUAUAUAUAUACAUAUAUAUAUAUAUGUAUAUGUGCGCGUAGGCUGCAUGCUGAGCGAGUUCUGUUAGCACAGGGACUAGGGUGAACACCGUUCUUGAUCGCGGUAUCGACGUGAAAAGCGAUUAUCACGGAGACCUGACCGAAUCCUCGACGAUCCAUUAAACGCGUUGCAUACUUUAUCAGCCUGUGAGCCCACCUCGCGACGAGGGGAACUCCGGCUGGCCGUGAUUGGCGUACAUUUUUCAUUGGCAACAUCGCGAGCAUCUCGCGUGCGCUGACGUCGUAUAAAGAAGUUACUUUGACGACUGAACCACUUUCGUACGUUUUAUUUAACGAUUUGGUUCACCGUUAGAGAACCAAAUACAAAUUCGAGGAAUCGUAGGCUUUUCCUCCCUGUGGCCCACGUUUGUUUCCGAUCGAGCUUGUCGAGGAGAAUCGAGCGGUCCCGCGAUUCGGUCGAUAGCACUCCAGGGUAACGUUUCGUAAAACCUUCUCGUGUAACGAAGCGGAGAAAAUGGCAGACGACGCGCGUGCGUCGAGGACAAAUACGUAAAUUAGUGGCGAGCCUUUCUUAGAAAUUGGACGAUAGCGCGAGCAAGUAUGGGCGGGAUAAUGAAACGAGACGCCUGUUGAUUGGUCGACGGUGCGUACGGCGCCGCCCACGGGCGGUGGCGUCCUUGGGGACCGCCAACGGUUGUGGACAGUUCCUGGAAGAAAUAGAAAAGGGGGGUGAUCACUGAGAGGGGUUGGGGAUGAAGCCAGAUGGAUUAUCGCCUAGGCUGAGGCUGUUCAAUUCUUUAUUCUGGAAGCAGGAGUAGAGUGCGUGAAUCUUCGAAUGCCCCUGAAUAUCGUCAGUUCCGCCUUACAAGAUACGCCCACCUACAGUGCGUCGAGGAGAAGAACGAAUCGUGAACGCACGGUAGUGGUCAAAGAGUGGAGGUGAUGCUCUCGAGAGCACUCUUGCCCAGUUGAACAGGCUCAGCCUAGAACCUAGCCACGAACCCGCUUGAUACCUCUUAAAAGAGGACAAUGACACUCAACUUGACGAACUGUACAAGGUGGACAAAAUUGUACGUAGCCGUUGUCACGGUCCCUGAUUGCCAACAUUCCCGCAGUGGCGCUGUACAUGCGUAUAUAUGCGUACAGGCAUAUGUGUAUAUAUAAACGAUAUACAAUUACCGUAAGCGUAUAAAAGAUAUAAUUUAUAUAUAGCUGUAUCGUACGUCAUCAGUACAUGUAGAACAGGCUUGCGAGUGUUCACAUGUGAUCGUCUCAGCCGGCGUGAGAGUGCUUUAUCCUAGAGACUGCAUGAGUGAGAGAUAUAUAUAUAUAUAUACAAGAAAAUAUAUAUAUAUAUAUACAUAAUAAGUAGAUAGGUACAGAAAGAAGGAGAGAGAAAAUUAUACCUUGUAGUCGACGUUACACAUAUCUUUAAACUUGUUCGUUUGUGAGCGUGAUGCGCAACACGGGUUCCAGCGACGCGCGUUGAUCUUAUCCAAGACGAUGAUAUCGCUCUGUAACGCGACGAUUCGACGCCAAGCGUCGCUGAUCAGACCGCGAUCGUUUGCGCCCAGUCGUCACGGUGGCGGACAACGCAUGUAGACCCGUGAAUAACGCGCUGGUAAUCCCUGGCCCAAAGUCAGUCUACAUAUCAGACUCUAGUUAGCACCAGGUCCCUUCUCAACUUUGGACAUCUUCACCUCGAGUACGAAUCUCUGGCGUGUUGGACGAUUCACGAUCCUACCGUCUCUAGAUGUCUCGGACGGAGAUCGUGGAUCGCUGAACAUCGAUCUCUGAGUCCUUUGGUAACUCCUCUUUCUCCUCAGUCACGGAAGCUGCGCUCAUUUUGUCCCAGGCGAUUUCGGGUAGACGUUUCACAAAGACCUGCCGAAGUCGCCUGACCCGUGGCCCUAGGAACUCUCCAUCCUUUUUGGAACGAAUACAGCGAUCUGACUAGACUUUUGAAAAUUCUUUCAAAGCUUGAGCGUCAACACUCGAUGAAAUCGUUAUGUUCGUUCCACCCAGUAUGCAUCCUCUUCGGACCCAAAGUACUCGUACCGCCAGUUACCACUACUAACAAUAUUAUUCGCCGCUACCAACUGUAAUCACCGUCGAUACCGCUACCGCAUCGCCCCGUUAUCUGACAAAUUGUACACCGAAGCUACGUCGUAAACGGAAAUAUCGAGAGGACAGACUCUUUCGAAGGGACGUCGCUUCAUUUUCUUUUUUAUUUAAUUUUUUUCUGUUCUUUUUUUGUCGGAGUAGCAUGUCACGGAACUCGAUCACAGCUGCGUGCUUCUCUCCUCACUCGCCUUCUUCUCUUGGUCCUCAUCAUCGCAGCGGCGCUCCUCUCGAUCACGUGUGCUGAGAGAAAAUUGUGACAUGCUCGCGAGUUACUCGAAUCGUUACGAAAAGCAAUACGAUACGGGAAAGGCUCUAUUGGCCGCUCAAGAUCAUCCAGCAGGUUACUCCCACCUCGUGUACUUCCACUCCUCCGCCAGGGAGAAUGGCUCUGAAUGGAAUUCGGAUUUUGUGAUCGGAAUUUUUGGAAAAUGUUCUUUAAUUAUUGAUCGGCGUUUCGUAUUAAGUAAACUAGCGAGUAUAUAUGCAAUGACCAGCAGUAUUAUUAUGAAAAUGCAACUUAGAGGGUGAAAAGACAAAUUUCUCUUAUAGCGCGAACAUCAGGGGCAUUCUUCAUCUCGCGGUUCGUUUCAGUUUUUUCGCGUUAAUCUGCAGGAAUCUGGAUAAAAGGAGGGGACUCGUUAAUGAUCUUGAGCUGCCAAUUGAGUUCGAUCUGACUGUAGUAUACGAUACAUUUGUUUGAGGAAGAAAACAGUUGCUUCGAAGGGCUAAGUAACACGAACGGUGGCUCUCGAUUAAGAAUCUCGAAGCGUGUAUUAUACUAUUUGCCUCUUCGAAACAACCUAUUUCUAUCUUCAAAUAUUCUCCCGCGUCGUUGACAUAUAUUUUAGGCCCUAAAUUAGGUGACCGUUACCGUAACGUAUCAAACAAAGGAAAAUAUGUUUCGUCGAGGUAUUUUAUUAACAUUUUACAUUACUCGUGCGAUCGAAAACGGAGAUAAUUAUAUUUUCGAUAAUUCAGUUCUACGAUUAUGCUAUCGUAGACGACGGCCAUUGUUGAGGGCCACGGAGGUAGGGUUCGUGGACAGCCUGUUUAAUGAAAUUAAGGAAAACUAUUUUUUCUUUCCUUUGCACGUGUUAGUAUAGAAAAUAUAUUUCAUAAGAAGUUUACGCGUCGAUUAAAUCAAUUCAAUUCGAAAGGAAAUCCCGGAAUUUCGAUCCACAAAUUCGAUCGACCUGUUCAUUAUUUAUCUGCGCCGUAAUUUGUCGAUUUCUCUCAGCGCGCAGUCAACAUUUCAGUACCCGUUCAUCGUCGAAACCUCUCCGAAAUCGAAACGCCACUCGCGAAUGUCUUAUUGUGAUAAUCGAAGCGUCGAUUGAAAUAUCGAUCCGUUGCGAACGAAAGACGAAGAAUCUUAAGCAUUUACGAUCGUUGGUCAGCGUUAUUGGUACGACUGUCGAUGUGUGUUUUCAUCUCGCGAAACGAACGCUAAGAGCAACGUUUUCUCACGCCAAUCUGUUUGUUAUGUAUUCGUAUCGUCGUAUACCUUUUACGUAAAUCGAUAAGUUGUUGAUUAGUUGCUACACGCGGAAGGACGAACAAUCAUCCUGCGGUUUUAAUUUAAAAAAGGCGCACGGUGAUUAUCGUCCUCCCAUUUUGUUUUUUCUUUCUUUUUUUAUGAUAAGCUUUUAUUGCUCAAAAAUUCCCUCUCCGCCACUACGGAGAAUGUUUUCCAUUUUUGCCAACCGUUCGCGAAACCGUUGUCGAUUUUUCUCUGUUUAAACCACUCGUGGUUGUAUACUUCGUUUUGCGUCGGCGAACGUUUCGUUCGAUUUCCCCAAAAGGGAGACACUAACCGUGUUUUUAUGCAAGGUUUCCCCGCGCAAAGAGCAUUGGUCGCAAAAGUAUGCCACUUGAUAUUCACAAUUGUUAAUGUUUUAGCUUACCGAUCUUUCGUCAUUGGUUGUAGAGAAAUUUUUGACAGGCGAGAAACUUGCUUCGUAUUAGUCGUGUGAGUCAAGUUUUUCUAAAUAUUACGUCACCUCCUCGUUAUACGAGUUCAAACAAAGCAUAAAUGAUAUGGAAGAGAAAGUGGCGCCAAUAAUUUUCUAACGUGGAAACCCUGUAUAACGGUGAAAAUAUCCAGUUACUGUUCGCGCGCGAGAAGAAUCCAUCCGAUGAUUUACGUCGCUACAUGCAUUCUUCCAGCUCGCGAACAGUAGAACGAGCUCUUUUCAUUGCACCUGCACGCGCGAAAGCGAUCGAGAGUCGACAAUUGCGACUCUCCAUUUGCGUUUACACCGUUCCCACCUUCAUGCUCGGUUGAUGUCGGAUAUUCAGCGAUUGUACGUGUAUGUAAAAUGUGCACACAUCCUCGCACGCGCAUGCAUACACACAGAAACACACAAACACACAGACGCGCGCAUUGUAAUUUAUCGUCAAUGUUACUUGAGUGUCCGUCAAGGCUAUCCAAACGAUAACUGUUCGUUCCGACAGCUAUACUUGCGAAAUAUAUAAUACACGUAUUAUAACGUAUACAUAUAAUAUGUAUAUUAUGUAUCGUACAGAGGGAUACAUAGCCCGCACGAGUUAUCGACGACCAAAAAGUGCCGAAAACAUUGGCGAGAAAUAUCGUAAUAACUGGGAGGGGGGAGGGGGGGGGGAGGGGGAUUUAACGAGAAAGUAUCGUUUGCAACGGUGGAGUCCAAGUCAAGCUCCGGAGCUUGGGCACCUUCCCCCACUCCGUCUCCUAGCGCGCGCGAUCUACGACUGCGCAGACGCCCCGCUCGACUACGGCGCAGCUCAGCUGCGGCAGCUGUCUCAGUCGACUGCGGUCCGUCGACGGGGAAUGAUCUUUGCGACGGGUCUCCACUGGUUUACACGAAUUACGUCGUACACGCACGAUCGAGAUGACGGCGUAACGCAGAGACACAGAGGUAUUACACACGUAUUUGGGACGGUACUCUCGUGCACGCGUACACACGCAUACAUAUAUAUACAUACAUGCAUAUGUAUGUAUACAAUAACAAAAGAACACAAAAGUUUUAUUCGCAUCAUUACAGCAGCAGCUGCACCUCUUUUUUGAUUCUCACACGCACCCCCACACCGAUCUUCGAAUUGAACAUUCUUUUUUAGCGGUCAGAGAGAGGGAUCCGCGAAUUUACCAACCACUCGAAUAGAGAUUUAAUGUUUGUAAGGGCAAUAACGAUUGUAAAUUCUUCAAGUACACUGUAUUUGAAUGUAUAAGUUGCAUAAAAAAGACAGAUUUUUUAGAUAUUGCACUAUAAUAUUUAUUAUUCUAAGGUUAACGAGACAGGGUCGCGAUUCGCCGCGCUCGCGAUACCUCGCCCGCGCUCUCAUCCUUUAUUGGCCUCGAUCGCGCUCGAUUCCCGACUUAAUCCUCGGGAUCGACAGCGAACGAGAUUUCGUCUUCGUUCGCGGGCCCCCCCCCCCCCCCCCUCCCCCGAAACCCCGCGGUGUAAUUUCAUUUUCCAUCCUCGUCGAAGUACCCGAGCGAGUUUACCACUUCACCUGAACGAGGGAAAUACAUUUAUUAGCGAUCGAAAACGCCGAGUCGCAAGCGCGGCCGCUUCGCGGCGAUCAUGAAUUAAUAUUAAUUAAUAAAGAGGCAAAGCGAAUGCAUUGUUCUUUCCAAUAAAAGAAGAAGCAAGAUUUUUAGUGUUUACACUACAAUUGAUAAACGAUUCUAUUAUUACAUAAUAUUAUAUUAAUAACAAUAUUAUUACUGUAAUGUUUGUUUUUGGUUAUUAAAGUGUGUAUAUAGCAAUAUAUUCUAGAAAUGGU